CGUACUUGAACCUUCGACAUCGCAACUACAUUUUCGAAGAAAUGGAAGUUAAUAUUGGAGUCUGGAUUGUGGUCCUAUCGGUUCUAAUACUUGCGUAUCGAUGGAUCACACGGAACAACAAUUAUUUCCACGAUAAACCAAUACCAUCCAUGGCAGUGCAACCACUGUUUGGAAGCACGGGUCCAUUAAUUUUAAAGAAGUUUUCCUUUCAUGAUUUUGUGCAUCACAUCUACGUAAAGUACCCGAAUGCGAAGAUUUUCGGAUUGUUUGACGCAUUGAUGCCGAUAUUCGUAGUUCGAGAUCCAGAGUUGAUUAAAAAGAUAACUGUUAAGGAUUUCGACCACUUUAUAGAUCAUCGACCCUUUUUCGGAAACAGUGAGAACGAUAAUCCGUACUCGAUUUUUGGCAAGACAUUGUUUGCCAUGGGCGGACAAAAGUGGCGAGACAUGCGAGCAACCUUAAGUCCAGCAUUCACCGGCAGCAAAAUGCGUAAAAUGUUUGAGUUGGUCAUCGAGUGUAGCGAGAGUGUGGCACAUUACUACGCAAAUCAAUCAGAGAAUAAAGUUGAAGUAGAGCUGAAUGAUUUGUGCACUCGGUUUAGUUCCGACGUGAUCGCAACGUGUGCUUUCGGAAUGAGGAUGAACUCGUUCACGGAUCGUGAAAAUGAUUUCUACGACAACGGCAAAAAGAUGAUGCGCUUUGAACGAUUGAGUGUAGCUCUGCGCAUGUUUGCACUUAAGUUGUGUCCGACGUUGGUGGGUCAGCUGGGAAUUGAUAUUAUCGAUCGGAAUCAAAUACGAUAUUUUAGCGCUUUAAUAAUGGAUGCCGUCAAAGAACGCCGAACUAAAGGUAUUACACGUACAGAUAUGAUUAAUUUACUGAUUCAAGCACGUCAAGGAAUUUUGAAGCAUCAUGAUGAGAAGGAAGGUGACGAAGGGUUUGCCACGGCUAAAGAAUCCAGCAUUGGGAAAACCAAUGUGAAAUCCAAUAUGACCGACAUCGAAAUGAUUGCCCAAGCAUUUGUGUUCUUUUUGGCUGGAUUUGAAACUGUGGCGACUACUCUUACCUUCCUAAUGUAUGAUCUGGCCAUGAACAAAGACGUGCAGCAACGAUUGUAUGAAGAAAUCGUAGCCACUAACGAGCAUCUGCAGGGCAAACAUUUGAAUUACGAUACUCUUCAAAAGAUGAAAUACCUGGAUAUGGCAGUGACGGAGAGCAUGAGGUUGCGUCCAGCAGCAGCCUUUUUAGAUCGUAUUUGCGUGCAUGAUUACGAGCUGGAUGAUGGACAAGGCUUGAAGUUUACAAUCAACAAAGGAACUACCGUAUGGAUUCCAACGCAGGGACUUCAUUUGGAUCCCAAAUACUAUCCGAAUCCGGAGAAAUUCGAUCCGGAACGAUUCAGUGAAGAGAACAAAGCCAGCAUCAAUCCGAUGACCUACUUGCCAUUCGGAAUUGGACCGAGAAAUUGUAUCGGAUCCCGGUUUGCCUUGAUGGAGAUUAAAGCGGUUGUGUAUUACUUGCUGCUUAAAUUUUCUAUGGAAGUAAAUAGCAAAACCCCAAUUCCCCUCAAACUGCGCAAAGGAUUUACUAUUGUUGGUGCCGAAGGUGAAGUCAUGAUUGAUCUGAGAGCCAGAAAAGCGUAGACCGUAUUGAGUAGUGAUUUAUGCCCAUAACGCUGUUGCUUUUGCACUAGAAAUAAAACUAAAAUUGAAUUCUCCACACUACAUUAGUAAUAUUUGAUAGCAUUAGAAUUUUUUUCAAACAAUUCAUAUGAAUUAUAGUUUCAGGAUAUUAUCAGGAUUACAGCUAUAAUCGAGUGAACACUA